AUGAUUAGAAUCCAUCGACAUCGUAUACAUAAUCGAACAAAGAAAUGGAAACAGGAUCCCACGAAUGUUAUACACAUUUCAUCAAAGUCUGGCACAUCUGUUAGUCGAGUUCACAAUUCAAGUGACACGAAAAACGUGUGUUAUCAACCAUCAUCAAACCGUCAGCGUGCUACAGGAUUGGAAUCUGCUCUUUGGACCAAAUCAAAUGGAUCAAUGAAAUCGCAAAAAGAAAUAUCGCUCAUUCCAAAUAUAAUGAUGCCGACUAAUGAUAAUUCCGAUGAAAAAUCGAUGCCUCCCAAAACAUAUAGUAUUGUCAGUUCUCUCCCAUUCAAAUCAAGCACACCGAUCUUCACAAUGAAAACGACAGAUGUUUAUAGACGAUUUGAACGUGAUUAUAAAACCAGAGGAAAAAAACGGCAUCAUAUUGAUCGUACAUGUGGGCGUGGAUAUUCUCUUUGUUGUUAUUGGAUAGCCUGCCUAGCAUUUUUAUUAUUGCUUGCCGGUCUUGCAGCCUUACUCGUUCAUUUUUUGACACAGCGAAAAGCUACAACAACUACAACGACGACCACGACAACAACAACAACAACUUCAACAUCAGCAUCCACUUCUAGUACAUCGACUUCAACGUCAUCGACCAGCAGUACAACCACCACAACAACAACUUCGACUACCACUACUUCAGCAGAUCCAUGUGCACCAGUGAGUAUUGGUUCGACGUCUACAAUAUACACGACUACGUCUGGCAAUACAACAGCAUUUCAAUGUCAAGUUUAUGCAUGGACAGCUCCUGCAUCUGGCACCGUAACUCUUCCCAUGUGCGACUUUGAAAGUCAUAUGCGCCUGAACGCGUUUAUCCUGCGUCUGGUGUUUACAUGGGUUGCAUUUCAGUUUCGUCAUGAUCCUGACCAAUGGUAUUUGGAUGAUGUUUCCGUAUCUGAUGGAACAAAUGAAAAAUUACUCAAUGGAGAUUUUGAGACAGGUUCAUUAUCGCCUUAUUGGAUAAAAUCAACACCGAGUGGCUCGUGCACAUGUUGUCCAUCUGCUACUGUUAGCGGUAUAAGUGGAGGUGUCGCACCUAAAAGUGGCACCAAAUACGUAAUCGAUGGUAGUAAUAGCUGUAUUACUCAGAUUAGUCAGUCUUUCACGGUUGUUCUCAAUCAAAUUUAUACUAUUAGUUUUUGGCUACGAGAAGGAGGAGGAUCUGGACAAAAACUAUUUAAUGCUACUAUUUCAUGA